UACAACCUGACCCCUACCCAUCCACUGGUUCUUCUUCCAAAGUCCUCUAAUGGCGGACCCUCAAUCCUCACCUGUCACUCCAGAAACUGGACCGGGAACUUCUGAAUCUGAACAACCGGAUCUUCAAUCAAUCCAAUCAGAUCCGUCACAUCCUUUGCCCGUACCUUCGUCAUCGUCGAUACCGUCUUCGUUGCCACAUUCGUCUUCAACUGUUGCUUCUGCUCCUCUCGCAGAAACCCUUACUUCAAAUCCUCCACUCGUAACUCCACCGCUACCGGUUCCUUUUGUCCAAUCAUUCGCACCGUCGUUAAUCGCUCCCGGUGCUAUCCCUCCAUCGGCUCCGUCGUUCCGCCCUGUGACGCCGAUUCCUCUGUCGACUCCUCAGUUCUCUCCCCUCCCAAACCCUAAUUUCUUGAGCUCUAACAUUCAGAACCCCAAUGUACAGCCUCCUGGAGUUAAUCCUGUUGCUAUCAUGCUCCCCGGUGCGGCGAGCGGAGCUGGUAACAUUACAGUCUCGGUAUCUCCCUUACGACCAGCUGGUGUAUACCAGGCUCCCCCUGGCCCGCUUCACAAUUCCGCCAUGAGACCAUACCCGCAGAUGCCCAAUGGAUUUCCGAUGGCGCCCUCGGUUACUCCUCAGGGAACGGUACAUCCACCCGGAAUUCCUCGGUUCCCAACUCCAUAUCCAGCUAUGGUUCGCCCUGCCUUUCCUCCACAUCCUCCUGGAGUGAUCGGUGUGCUUCCACCACUGUCACGCCCUCCUAUUCCAGGAAUCCGUCCUCCAAUUGUCCCCCCUGUUGUCAGGCCAGUUGUUUCUAUUGUUCCCCCAACAGAGAAACCUCAAACCACUGUUUAUGUUGGCAAGAUAGCUGCAACUGUGGAAAACGACUUUAUGCAUUCUCUCCUUCGGCUUUGUGGAGAUGUGAAGGCUUGGAAACGUGCUCAAGAUCCUUCUGAUGGAACUCCAAGAGGCUUUGGGUUCUGUGAAUUUGAGUCUGCAGAAGGUGUUCUUCGUGCACUGCGCCUGCUGACUAAAUUUAAUAUAGAUGGGCAAGAGCUGGUGCUCAAUGUUAAUCAAGCAACAAGAGAAUACCUGGAGCGCUAUGUUGAGAAGAAAACUGAAAGAGAAAAUAAACCUAAAGAAACUGAAACUGAAACUGAAGGUACUGAAAAAGAGGAAGAAAGUCAACCAGUUUCUGAGAAAAGCAAACCUCAGAAAACCUCUGAGGAGAACUUAAAGAAGGAUGAGAAUGAUUCAGCAGAUAAAGAAAAUCAAGACACUACCACCUUUGGUAUUGUGAAUGAUGAAGAUCGAGAGGCUGACAGAGAUGCUUUGGAGAAGCUUACGAGUAUGAUUGAAGAGAGGAUAAAGACCAAACCGCCACCCCUUCCACCUGCUCCAACUACUGCCAAUGGUUCUGCGAAGUCAAACUCUGAAGUUCCUUCUAAAUCAAGGGAUGGGGACUCAGAUGUGGAUAUAAUGAAAAGUGAUGCAGCAGAAGAUAAAAAUGAUGAUGAUACGACAAGUGAAAGCAAGCCCUCCAAUGAGCAUGACAAGUCUGAAACAAGCUCGCCGGGCAGGAGUAGAAGGUACGACAGGCGCAGCAGAGAUAGGGACAGGGAGCAGGAUUUAAGACGGGAGAAGGAGCGGGAACUGGAAAGAUAUGAAAGAGAAAGGGAGAGAGAACGAGUUAGGAGGGAAAGGAAUCGAGAGCUGAAGAUUCGAGAGGCUGAACGUUUAUUCAAGGAGCGAGUUAAGGAGUGGGAGUUCAGAGAGAGAGAGAAAGAGUAUCAGCGCCAGCACGAGAAGGAGAGGGAGAAGGAAAGGGAACGGGAGCGCAGGAGGGAGAUCAUAGAUCAAGAGGAUGAGAGUGAUGAUGAUGAUACAAGAAAAAGGAGGCGCAGGAGUAGUGCUUAUGAUGACAAGAGGAAGAAAAGACAACGGGAGAAGGAGGAUGAUUUAGCUGACAGCUUAAGAGAGGAGGAAGAAAUAGCAGAGGCAAAGCGGAGAGCUAUCGAGGAGCAGCAGAUGCAGAAAGAAGAACCCAAGGUUGAGGUAGCUAAUGGAGUGGAAAGGUCCAGUUUGCCAGAAGAAAGCAAUGCUGAACAGGCUUAUGAGAGUGAUUCUGGUCAUGUCAAUCACGCUAGCGAUAUGGUUCUAGAUUUUAGUAAUGGAAUGACCGAUGAAUCAACCACAGUUGCUGUGUCAGAUACGCGGCAGAGUAACAAUGCACCUGCUCGGAAGCUGGGGUUUGGCCUGGUAGGAUCAGGAAAACGAACUGCUGUUCCUUCAGUUUUCCAUGAAGAGGAUGAUGAUGAUGCUGAGAAGGAGAAAAAAAUGAGACCUCUGGUUCCCCUUGAUUACUCCACUGAUGAACUUCAGGUUGCUCAACCUGCUGUUUCUGGGGCACCAUCUUCAAAUUUGGCUGCAGCAGCUGAAUUUGUUAAGCGUAUCUCCAAUGCUAAUCCAAAAGAAGAUAGGUUUGAUGCUGACAAGGAUAGAACUAGGCGUUCUACUGACAAGCCAAGUCAUCGUGAUCGAGACCGCAUUGAUGAUGAUAAUAAUCGUGCCAGAGAUGAAAACAGGGAGAAGAAACUUUUAGAUGCUAAACAGUUGAUUGAUAUGAUCCCGAAGACCAAAGAGGAGUUGUUUUCGCAUGAGAUUAACUGGGCUGUGUACGACAAGCAUGAGUUGCAUGAGAGAAUGAGACCCUGGAUCUCAAAGAAGAUUACAGAAUUUCUAGGGGAAGAGGAAGAGACUCUUGUUGACUACAUAGUGUCCAGCACUAAAAAGCAUGUACAGGCAUCCCAGAUGCUGGAGCUGCUGCAAUCCAUUUUGGAUGAUGAAGCUGAAAUGUUUGUUCUUAAGAUGUGGAGGAUGCUCAUUUUUGAAAUCAAGAAAGUAGAGACAGGUCUUUCUCUGAAGCCUAGGGCCUGAGAAGCCAGGUUCUGUGCAUUAUGAGCAUUACUAUACUGUUCUUUAUUGUCAAUUUCCAGAUAAUUGUAGAGAAACAUAAAUUAGAUGGAAGAAGGCUUGUCCUUUCAUCUUUCUCAUGACACCCUGUUCUUCCCUAAAUAUGGACUAGUUCACAUAAGCAGUCUAAUGCCAAUUUUGUUGUGGAUUCUUGCAAAGAGGUGUAGUGAACCAAUCUCUUCGGUUUUUGUUGAAUUCCUUUGAGAUGAUUAAUCUAUAGCCCAUUGGGGUUUGGGGGUG